AUGAAUAAUGGGUCUUCAAUAAUAAAUAUAGAAUAGCCUAUUAAUUAGUAUAAUAAUCCAAUCAUAACAAAAGUGAAUCAAAAAUUACUAAUAAAAAAUGAUAAUUUUGAAGUAUCAAUUAAAAUAAGAUUUAGCAAUAAUUUUAUUUUGAUUAUUUUAAACAGAAAGUAGCAUUCAUUACAUAUGAUGGCUUUAUUAAGAUUUAUGAUAUCAUUUAAACUAAGGAUGGUUAGAAACAUGUAUAUAAUUGUGAAAUUAAAGCGUAUAAUAAUUUUGAUUUUGAAGUCAUUAGGGAGCAAUCAAUUCUUUAUCAUGGCAAAGUCCUAAAAUGGAUAAUAUGAUUGCCACAUGUGGAGAAGAUUAGACCAUACAAAUACAUAAGGAAACUGGGAAGGUUUGGAGAUAAGUACAUACAAUAAAAGAGAAUUAAAAUCCUAAGAUAGUAAAAUGGAUAGAAAAUGAACUAAUAUUAGUAGUGGGUUAUUAUGAAGGAUAUUUUGAAAUAAGAUAAGGAGAGGAUUAUAAAUGUGUUCAUAAAUUUGAAAUGUUUAAUUAAUUGAUUGAUUUCGAUUUAUAAUUAAUGAAAUAAGAUGCCAUUUUAUUUUGUUGUGGAAGAAAUAGUAAUUCAUAAUUUAUAUUUUAAAUUGAAACAAUUAAAUUUAAUGAUUAGUAAAAAAUUGUGAAUAAAAAUAAACAUUCUGCAUUAUUACAAUCAUCUAUUUAUAAUUUGAAGAUAGCUCCUUAUAUGAAUAAUAAUGAAAUAAAGGUAGCAGGAUAGUAUUAGGAUAAAGCAGUUAUAAUCACUAUAGAAUAUAAUGAAGAAUUAGAUAAAAAUAUUGAAAAAUUUACAGACUAAUUUAUAUAAAUUGAUUCUGAUAGUUGGUAAUUUGAAUGGUCUACAUUUGGAAAUGAAUUAUAGAUAUAUACUCAAUAAGGAGUUAAAGUUUAUUAAUAAAAUAUUGAUGAUUAAUUUAUGAUUUUAUGA